GAGCCUCUUUAACGCAUUCACUGGACCUGACAAGCCAGAGGCGUUGUGCGGGCCAGCAUGUCCAAUGACAACAAUAGUUAUGGGCUUUAACAGCGGCACCUCGUUCGGAGCUCUCGUCCUAAGACACUAACUGGGCGUAUUUUGGGCAAUUUUGUUGAGUUACGGACGCCACAGAUUUUGGAGCGGACUCGCCAAAUGGACGUCGAUGGACUGGAAUGAAAGGUCCACUUCUUCAGUCGGACUGAAGGAAGGAGGGAAAGAAACCUCUGUAUGUUCAAGUUCCCUGCUUCAGGCAGAGGGACAUCGGUGCGUGCGUGUUGGAUGUGUGUGGAAGUGUGCGUUGGGUGCGUGUAUGUGCGCGCCCGCAGGAGCAGGAGCAGAAGCAGCGGUGGCGGCGGCGGUGAUGGUGAUGGUGAUGGCCGCGUGAAGGGAAGUUUAGCGCCGUGAUUUUUCCUCUUUUCUGUUGUGUUGUUUUUCAUGUCACAGCAGGGGACGGGCGGAUUAACGUUUUCCUGAUGAAAAUUAAUCAUCUGCGGAGAGGCUCCGUGAUCGUGACUAUGAUGAUGAUGUCGAGUAAGAGCGUGGAGUGGCUGCAGGAGGAGCUGGAGUCCGGGCUCGGCUCUCUGCUGCUGCUGGACUGCAGACCCCAUGAGCUGUACGAGUCCUCGCACAUCGAUUCGGCCAUCAACCUGGCCAUCCCGGGGCUCAUGCUCCGGAGGCUGAAGAAGGGCAACCUCCCCAUCCGCUCCAUCAUCCCCAACAACGAGGACAAGGAGAAAUUUGUCAAGCGGUGCAAGACGGACGUGGUGGUGCUGUACGACGAGGCGACCUCGGAGAGGCAGGAGUCCGGACUGGGGAGCUCCGUGCUGGGGCUGCUCCUGCAGAAGCUGCGGGACGACGGCUGCAAGGCUUUCUUUCUGGAGGGGGGCUUCAACAAGUUCCAGUCAGAGUACCCCGAGCACUGUGAGACCAACUUGGACUGCUCCUGCCCCAGCAGCUCCCCACCGGCCUCUGUCCUCGGUCUGGGAGGACUCCGUAUAAGCUCAGACUGCUCGGAUGGGGAAUCUGACCGAGAGCCAGGAAGUGCCACAGAGUCGGAGGGUAGCCCGCUACCAAGCACCCAGCCAGCGUUUCCCGUCCAGAUCCUUCCAUAUCUUUACCUGGGUUGUGCCAAAGACUCCACCAACCUGGAUGUGCUCAGCAAGUAUAACAUCAAAUACAUCCUCAACGUGACGCCCAACCUGCCCAACAUGUUCGAACACGAAGGCGAUUUCAAGUACAAACAGAUCCCCAUCUCUGAUCACUGGAGCCAAAACCUCUCUCAGUUUUUCCCAGAGGCCAUUUCAUUCAUUGAUGAGGCACGCUCGAAAAAGUGUGGCAUCCUGGUCCACUGCCUGGCCGGGAUCAGCCGCUCGGUGACCGUCACAGUGGCCUACCUGAUGCAGAAGCUCAACCUGUCACUCAACGACGCCUAUGACUUUGUUAAGCGGAAAAAGUCGAACAUUUCCCCCAACUUCAACUUCAUGGGCCAGCUCCUGGACUUUGAGCGGACGCUGGGCCUCAACAGCCCCUGUGACAACCACUCGUCCUCCCCUGCACACGACCAGCUCUUCUUCACCACCCCGACCAAUCACAACGUCUUUCAACUGGACACGCUGGAGUCCACAUGAAAAUUUGCGGUGGUGCAGUCCCCUUUUUGGGCCAGGAGGCAGUCAAGGUGGUGUUAUUACCAUGCUAACAAGCGGCUGCACUGGGGGAGCACAGCAGCCAAGUUUUAAUGAAUGUUUUAGCCUCCUAAGGCCCGUUCUCUGAGAGCCUUGACACCGAGCAGUGUUGAAGGGACGGGGGAGGUCAUGUUUGCCACAUUAAAAGGGAAGGGGGGUGUUUUCUAACCCAGAAAGGGGAACAGACAAACAGAUGGGUUAUGAUGGCUUCACCCUUACAGUUGAUUGAAAUCAAGGGAGGAAGAACCCUGACCUCUUGUAAAGAAGAGGAGAUUAGGAAACGUAACGGAGUGAGAAACUGAGUGAAGGUCACAGCAGGACAGGCAGCUUCAUACAAAGAGAGGAACACAUAAAAAAAUCUACUCCACUGAGUUUAUGAGACAUCCUGUCUGUCUUUCUGUCCUGUGCUCGAGCUGAGCUGACUGGUGCCAAGUGGAGAAUCUGAGGUUUACACAUGAGAAAUCUCGCUCUACUGAAUGUAGAGUUUUAAAAAAACCAAGGAGUUUAACACACACACUUAAACACAGUAUGUAUGUAUGAAUGGGCAGUCCUUAACAAAUUCAGUAUGUCUAUCUGCAUUUUGUGUAUUUUUGUGUACAUUUACACACAAAUCUAUACCUUAUAUAAAUUUAUAUAGAGAUCUUAUCUUUGUCUAAAAACAAAGUAAUCCAAUUCAGUAAUGGCUUAAGAGAUUGUAAAACUAAAGACGGGGAAGGGGUGUGGCGACACAAACAAAGGGAAACGUUGUUAUAUUCCUAGUUGUCUUUUUUUUUUCUUUUAGGUUUGUAAUGACCUAAUGCAGUUUGCACAGUGGUGUAGCCAUUAACUUGUUGGCACAUGGAGCCAUUGCUGGAAACAGGCAUAUAAAGAGACAUUCAGAGAAGAGGAGGGGAGAG